AUGGAAUCGGAACAACCUGUAACUCAGGUUGUGCUUCCAGAAGAAAGCCAAACGCCAACAAAGCAAGAUCAAACAGAUGCAGUCAAUCAAUCUAGUCCAAAUAAAUCCACAACAACAGAUAAUCAGUCAGUUACUUCAGAACUUUCAGAGAAAGCCAAGGCUGAACAAGAAACUUUAAGAGAAUUAAUGUGGAGACAGCAAAGGGCAGUUCGAGAUCGCAAUUAUUUAGCUGCUGAUAGGUAUCAAAAUGAAAUAGAGAUAGUAAACGCUAGAAUCAUUCGUGAAAAUAUCGAACAGUACUGCUACAUGCUUCGUGACGCUUUGGAUCCUGUUUAUAAGGCAAACAUGCAGAAAAUUAAAAAAUUCAGGAAACAAUGCUUCCAACAAGAACUUGCUCUACGUACAGAGAUAUCUUCCAAGUUCCAAAACACCCAGCAAUUACAUUUGGCUUGCUUAAAACAGUUUGAUGAGUCCCAAUUUCAAACUUAUUCCAGAAUUUUGAUCAAUUCUGAAAACGUUAAAUACAAUAGAGCAAUCGAUAAGGCUCGCAAACUUGCAAAUGAAGGCAAAUUUGAUGAAGCUGAUAUGGUUGCAAAAGAGGCCAUAGCUGAAAAUGGCAAACUUUUUGGCCAACGCGAAGCUGACUUCACAGCCGUUUACAAGCAAAAGGUAAAGCAAUUACUUGACGAACAGACCAAAGAUUUUACAACUUUAUUAAAUAGCUCGAAUAAAACUCUCGAAGAGCUUACAGUUACAAGGGAAAGAAUGGCAGAAACACUCUACAAAUCAAUGAAAUCUGAUUUGGACCGUGUAUUUGCUAAGCAUCUCGAGAAAUUGAACAAACAUUUCGCCAAUUUCUCCAAUCCUCACAUGGAACCACCUCGCGUUAUCCUCAAUGAAUAUUAUCACAACUAUUUGGCCAACAAAUCCAUCAUUGAGCCACCAGUUAUGACUAUUACACAGGAAAAGCAGCUCAAACAGGAAGCUGAGAGGAUGAGACAGGAAAAGCGUGCUCUGAGAGAAUUGGAAAAGCAGAAAGCUGCAGAAGAAGCAGCUUUAGCCGCUGAAAACCAAGAAUCUCAAGAAAAUGCAGAAAAUCCGGAAUCCCCUGAAAAACAAGAGAAUCCAGAGACACAAGAAAACCAAGAAAAACCACCAGAGCCAGAGAGUAGCCCAGCUCCUGAAACUCCUGCUCCUCAAUAG